AUGGCUCCUUCGAAAUUCACUCGCUUAUUGAGGUUCAGCAAUGCUGAGGGGACAGUGUUCUUCGGCGAACUGGGAGACGAGGUAGCCAAUGCAGAAGCCCUGAUUGGACGUUCCGUCCGUGUUUACUCAGGCAAUUCGCCCUGGGAAGGUGAAUUCACUCUUACUGAGAAGAGGGAAAAGAUCGCACAGUUGUUGAGCCCCGUUCCUUAUGCGCCACUCCUGUACGGAGUUGGGUACAACUACAAAGCUCACGCCGCAGAGUCCAGUCAAAAAGUCCCUGAGUCAGAGUAUCCCGUUUGCUUCACCAAAGCGCCAGGUACCCUUGCCGGGCCGCUAGAAGACGUCCCAUUCAGCGAAGAAUUACUUUAUAUGGAUUACGAGGGCGAGCUCUGUGUGGUUAUUGGAAAACCGUUGAAGAACCUCAAAGAAGGGGAGGACCCUACGCCCUAUAUCGCAGGCUACACGGUCGGAAACGAUGUGUCGUCAAGAUACUGGCAGAGAGCCGAGCGAUCUGGAGGUCAGCAUGCGCAGGGCAAGUCGUUCGACAAAUUCGCUCCCAUCGGUCCCGUGCUUGUGUCCACAUCAGCCAUCCCGGACCCUAACAAGCUGUACCUGAAGACAUGGGUCAACGGAGAACUUCGACAGGAAAGCUCGACAGGGCUACUGAUUUAUAGCAUUCCCACCGUUCUGAGGUAUCUGAGCCGUGGUGUCACUCUUCAACCUGGAACUGUACUCAUGACUGGAACUCCAGCCGGCGUGGCUGCCUCUUUCAGACCUCAGAAGUGGCUACAGGACGGCGAUGUAGUCGAAGUAGAAAUAUCCGGGAUUGGCAAAAUCAAGAACAAAAUGGUUCUUGAGAAAUGA